CGCUUUUGUGGCCACGAACAGCCACCGGAUGACCGGAAGGAAGGAGAAAGGGAACCCACCACCGCCAAGCAAAGCUCCGGCCGGAACCAAGUCCACCACCUCCCGGGAAGGGGAAUCCACGACCACCACAGGAAAAAGACGAGCGCGCCGACCGUAACCAAACAUCCCCCUCGGGCUUUUAUCCGCGAUCGGCGAUCCCCCAGUGCCGUGCUGCCGCUGCCGCGUUUUCUGACUCCUCGCCUUCGCCAUUCCCAUGGCCGAUUCCGCCGCGCUCUCCUCCGCCUCCUCCUCCCUCCCCCGCUCGCUGGCGUCCAGGAGGCCCCUCUCCUCCCCUCUCCACGCCAGGUCCCGGCCCCUCCGCCGCGGCAGGUCCGGAUCGCGGUCGCUCCACCGGUUGCGAGCUCGGGCGGGGAAGGACGAUCCGGAGGACCUCUACGGGCCGUACCCCUGGGACCAAUCCCUGGAUCUCACCACCGGGUUCGACAUUCAGUGGGUGCCAGAAGACAGGGUCACACUGUUCACUUCGGAUGGGCUCGUCCAAAUUGGGGGUUCCUUGGUUCCCCGUCGAGUUAGUUCUUCUGAGAAGAGGCAACGGAAAUUAAAGAGUACACCAAAGUUGCGCCGUUUCCAGGAGAGCUCUUACAUGGAUCCUAAUCAAAGUCUUUGUCUUGGAGCACUAUUUAACAUAGCAGCAACAAAUGGCCUAGACAUGGGCAGAAGAUUAUGCAUCUUCGGCUUUUGUCGUUCCAUUGAAAUGCUAAGUGAUGUAGUGGAAGAUACAGUAUUGGAGCAUGGUGGUGAGGUUGUCACCGCAGAGAAGGCGAGCAAUGACGGCCUCCAGGAGAAGCUAACAAUGUCUGUUGCAGUACCAUUGCUGUGGGGUGUUCCUCCAGCGUCAGAGACCCUCCAUGUCGCGGUGCGGAGCGGUGGGGGCAUCGUCGACAAGAUCUAUUGGCAGUGGGACUUAUUCUAGAUGUCCAGAGCCGAAACAUUAACAAAAUUGAUUCUACGCUGUACAUAUACUCCACUCUAAUCCGCUGCACGCUUUGUGCCACCGAUUGUGCAUUGUGCAGAAACUGUGAACUCAAUCUCUACCUGUACAGACCCGGUCACCAUUGUGCAUAUACUCAAUUGUCAUUUUUAGUUUGUACC